AUGAUAGUAGCUGAGGAGGAUGAGCGUUCAGGAGUAUUUUUCAUUAACAUAUCACAGAUGAUUGCCUGUGUGGGGCAGCAGGCCAUCAGUGGCUCUCGAGUGCCAGAUGGCUUUGAAAACAGGUCUUUGCCUCACUUCGAAAAGCACUCCAAGCUCCCAGCUGCCAAAGGCUUUGUGGCUAAUAGCUUUUAUUCUGGUUUGACACCAACUGAAUUUUUCUUCCACACGAUGGCUGGCCGGGAAGGCCUGGUUGACACAGCCGUAAAGACAGCUGAAACAGGAUACAUGCAGAGGCGGCUGGUCAAGUACCUGGAAGAUCUCUGCUCACAGUAUGACUUGACUGUCCGAAGCUCCACCGGAGAUAUUAUCCAGUUCAUCUAUGGGGGAGAUGGCUUAGAUCCUGCAGCUAUGGAGGGAAAAGAUGAACCCUUAGAGUUUAAAAGGGUUCUGGACAACAUCAAAGCAGUGUUCCCGUGUCGGAAUGAGCUUGCUCUCAGUAAGAAUGAGCUGACCCUGACCAUGGAGUCCAUCAUGAAGAAGAACGAGUUCCUUUGCUGCCAGGACAGCUUCCUCCAGGAAAUAAAGAAAUUCAUCAAAGGGGUUUCUGAGAAGAUCAAGAAAACCAGAGAUAAAUAUGGCAUCAAUGAUAAUGGCACAACUGAGCCUCGUGUGUUGUACCAAUUGGACCGGAUCACCCCGACCCAGAUAGAAAAGUUUCUGGAGACCUGUAGGGACAAGUACAUGAGGGCCCAGAUGGAGCCGGGCUCUGCAGUGGGCGCACUCUGUGCACAGAGCAUUGGCGAGCCAGGCACGCAGAUGACCCUGAAGACCUUCCAUUUCGCGGGGGUGGCCUCCAUGAACAUCACACUGGGCGUGCCCCGAAUCAAAGAGAUCAUCAAUGCCUCCAAGGCCAUCAGCACUCCAAUCAUCACAGCUCAGCUGGACAAGGAUGACGAUGCUGAUUAUGCUCGUCUAGUGAAAGGGAGAAUUGAGAAAACCCUCUUGGGAGAGAUUUCUGAAUAUAUUGAAGAAGUGUUCCUUCCGGAUGAUUGCUUUAUUCUUGUCAAGCUCUCCUUGGAACGGAUUAGACUUCUGAGACUGGAAGUGAAUGCUGAGACAGUGCGGUACUCCAUCUGCACAUCCAAGCUCCGCGUGAAGCCUGGAGACGUGGCUGUGCACGGCGAAGCUGUGGUGUGUGUCACCCCCAGAGAGAACAGUAAGAGCUCCAUGUACUAUGUGCUGCAGUUCCUGAAGGAGGAUCUCCCCAAGGUGGUGGUGCAAGGCAUCCCGGAGGUGUCCAGAGCUGUCAUUCACAUCGACGAGCAGAGUGGCAAAGAGAAGUACAAGCUUCUGGUGGAAGGUGACAACCUCCGAGCUGUCAUGGCGACGCACGGGGUGAAGGGCACCCGAACCACCUCCAAUAACACCUAUGAGGUGGAGAAGACACUGGGCAUUGAAGCUGCGCGGACAACGAUCAUCAAUGAGAUCCAGUACACAAUGGUCAACCAUGGCAUGAGCAUCGACAGGCGGCACGUGAUGCUGCUCUCUGACCUCAUGACUUACAAGGGUGAAGUCCUAGGCAUCACAAGGUUUGGCCUGGCGAAAAUGAAGGAGAGUGUGCUGAUGUUGGCGUCCUUUGAGAAGACAGCUGACCACCUCUUUGAUGCAGCCUACUUUGGGCAGAAGGACUCCGUGUGUGGAGUAUCUGAGUGCAUCAUCAUGGGAAUCCCGAUGAACAUUGGCACUGGGUUCUUCAAGCUGCUGCACAAGGCUGACAGGGACCCGAACCCUCCCACGCGGCCCCUCAUCUUCGACACGAACGAGUUCCACAUUCCCCUGGUCACGUAG